UUUUAGUUGAUACAAUUACCGCUACGCCCAAGUCCCAACUCGCUCUAAUAACAAAAACGAUUAGGGAGAAUUGGUAGUUUUGGUUUUGGCGGACAUUUCCAUGCUGACAGUUUCUUCUUCUUUCUUCUUGGCUGGCUGCCUCUGGUGCUGAAGCUUCAGCUCGCUCUGGUCUUUCUUCAACCUCCAUAGUCCUAAUCUACACAGGCAAGACAAUUACUCCUCAAUCUAUGAACUAAGUAUGGGUUUUACUCUUUAUGCUUUUUCCAAUUCUUAAGCUUCCCACUGCAGAAUAUGAUGAUUGUCACCAAAACGAUUAGAUUCUGAUUAUUCUUGGCAAUUAUAGCCUUGAUUUUGCUCUUCACAUUUUCCAUCACUGGUUCAGAUUGUUAGUUUAAAGAUUGAGAUGGAUAUGUGGGUUGGGGUGGAUCAGAUACGUAGUCGGACUAAACUUUCCUAUCCAGUGAUAGAGCCCACGAUAUUGUUUGGAGAAAAGGAGAGUUUUUGGCUGUCUAAUCAGAAAAUAUGUUAUAACAGAAGCUCGUUUUCUCAGAAGAUUAGAUGUAGUUUUACAGAACAGGGAUUGAAACCACGUCCAAAACUUCAUAAUCCUGUUCCUAAACCUAUGAAAAAUAAGCAGAGUUGGGGGAAUGAACAUGCUGAAGUGAUGGUGGAUGGAAGUUUCAGCUCUGGAAUUUGUGGGAAGAUAGAGAAAUUGGUUUUGCAGGGGAAGUACCAUGAAGCUCUUGAAUUGUUUGAGAUCUUAGAAUGCAAAUCCAUUGAGGAUAAUCUACUGAAUAGCAGUACUUAUGAUGCUAUGGUGCGCGCUUGUAUUGGCUUGAAAUCUGUUAGGGGAGUCAAACGGGUGUUAAAUUGUAUGGUUAGCUGUGGGUUUAAGCCAGAUCAGUACUUGAGCAACAGGUUGUUGCUGAUGCAUGUGAAAUGUGGUAUGAUGAUAGAUGCCCGGAAGUUAUUCGAUGACAUGCCUGAAAGAAACCUGGUUUCAUGGAAUAUGAUAAUUGGGGGGCUUGUGGACUCUGGGGACUAUCUUGAGGCAUUUCGGUUGUUCUUCAUGAUGUGGGAGGAGUUUCCUGAUGCAGGGUCGCGCACAUUUGCAAUGAUGAUUCGAGCAUCUGCUGGUUUGCAGUUAAUCUCUCCAGGAAGACAAUUACACUCUUUGGCUUUAAAGAUGGAUGCUACAGAUGAUAUUUAUGUGUCUUGUGCUUUGAUUGACAUGUAUAGCAAAUGUGGUAACAUUGCAAAUGCGAGGCGUAUUUUUGAUGAAAUGCCAGAGAAAACUACAGUAGGGUGGAACAGUAUUAUGGCAGGCUAUGCAUUACAUGGUUAUAGCGAGGAAGUUAUGAACAUGUAUUAUGAAAUGCAAGGUUCGGGUGUAAAGAUGGACCAUUUCACAUUUUCAAUCAUUAUAAGAGCAUGUACGAGGUUGGCUUCGCUAGAGCAUGCCAAACAAGCUCAUGCAGGCCUAGUUCGUCAUGGUUUUGGGUUGGACAUUGUUGCUAAUACUGCGCUUAUGGACUUCUAUAGCAAAUGGGGCCGAUUAGAGGAUGCAAGAAAUGUUUUUGAGAAAAUGCCCCGAAAGAACGUUAUUUCUUGGAAUGCGCUGAUAGCUGGAUAUGGUAAUCAUGGUCGAGGAAUUGAGGCUGUUGAGCUAUUUGAGCGAAUGAUUUCUGAAGGGUUUGUUCCUAAUCAUGUGACAUUUCUUGCUGUUUUAUCCGCUUGUAGUUAUUCAGGGUUAUCAGACCAUGGCUGGAAAAUAUUUGAGUCAAUGAGUAAAGUUUACAAAAUAAAGCCUCGAGCAAUGCACUACGCGUGUAUGAUUGAGUUGCUAGGUCAAGAAGGACUUCUGGAUGAAGCUUUUUCAUUAAUAAGAGAUGCUCCAUUUGAGCCAACCUUGAAUAUGUGGGCUGCCUUGCUUACUGCCUGUAGGGUCCAUAAAAAUCUUGUGCUUGGGAAAUUUGCUGCUGAGAAACUUUAUGGGAUGGAGCCAGAAAAGCUGAGUAAUUACAUAGUUCUCUUGAAUAUCUACAAUAACUCUGGAAAGUUGCAGGAAGCAGCUGGCGUUGUACAAACUUUGAAGAAAAAGGGUCUGAGAAUGUUUCCUGCAUGCACUUGGAUAGACAUCAAAAAGCAGCCCUAUGUUUUCUUCUCUGGAGAUAAGUGGCACCACCAAACCAAUGAAAUCUAUGCAAAAUUAGACAAAAUGAUGCAAGAGAUCUCUGAACAUGGCUAUGUUCUCGAAAGCAAGUCGUUUCUUGCUGAUGUGGACAAUCAUGAAGAAGAAUUACGACUUCAUCAUAGUGAAAGGUUGGCAAUUUCCUUUGGUCUAAUCAACACAGUUGAUUUGACACCAUUGCAUCUUGUCCAGAGCCAUAGGAUCUGUUGUGAUUGUCAUAAUGCAAUCAAAUUGAUGAGUUUGGUUACAAAACGAGAAAUUGUCAUCAGGGAUGGCAGCAGAUUUCAUCGAUUUAAAAGUGGGACUUGUUCCUGUGGUGAUUACUGGUGAUGUGAUAUGUGGAUACAAAAACAGUUUAACCUUCUUGUCCUGAGCCGUUGGAUCAUCAUGAUGUAAUUGAUGAGUUUGGUUGCAAGGCAAGAAAUUGUAGUGGAGGGAUGCCAGAGAUUUCGUAGAUUAAAAAAUGGGACUUUUUCCUGUGGUGUGAUUACUGGUGAUGCAAGAAUUUUUCUACCUUCAACAUUCUAUGCUCCCCUUUUUUGUCCUCAUUUUUCUACACCUUCUGACAAAACAAAGUGUUGCUUCUUACAAUAUAAACUGGGACCUUUAAUUACUUUCAGCUGUUAGACCCACAAACUUAAUACACAAAAAUGUGAAUUAGUAUGGGUUGUAGGCUUUUCAACAUAAAUAGGAGAAGCGUGAAAGGAAUUCAACCACAAUCUUUCGUUGUCAGCCAAGCAUGUGCGGUGCUCAUGGCUCCCCUUUUUUCGCUCAUUUGUCGAUGCUGAUGAUUAUUAACGCAUUCAAUACCAUUUGGCUUUCUCCCAAUAGUAAAGUAAGUAUCCUCUGUACUUCUUCUUUGUUUUUUUUCCCCGCAUUUUCCUUCUUUUGUUUUUAUUCCCCUCUCUCAUCUGCACUAUGUUAAUGUAGUCUUGUUUGCUGGACAAUCUUUACUGGCUGAUAAUGCCUUUUUUGUCUGUCUAUUAUUAGUAAUAGUAUGUAUAUUAUUUGAUUUUGUUCGUCCAGGUGUAGGGAUACUAGUGAUAACCCUUUUUUUUUCCCUUUUGCAGUGCAAUUUUUGUAUGAACAGCUGGGUUAGAAAUUAGUGGACUGAGUGUCUUUGCCAUGUCAUUAAUCUAUUACCUUGUGCCCCCUUCUUUUAUUCUUUCUCUCAUUUUUUUGUGCAACCUCCAUGAACUGUGGGUUUUCUCUGUGUUUACAAUCAUUCUCUAUUCAGUAAUUUUCCUCAGUGCCUUAUUUAGUUCCUCAUGCUAUUUCCCAGUUAUGUCUUUCAUUUUAUUAUGGCCAGAAAUUUGUUUUCUGAUUUUGCAUCUGUUUGAGUUGGCCUGCAGGUGAUUUUCCGCUUGCGAGACUAAAUUGCUUUAUGCAGUGGAUCUUCUUUUUUGUUGCGAGUCACAUGGUUGGGGUUUGUCGAAGGGAAGUUGCGUGUGCCUAAGGUGCAUAGCUAUGCAUCUGGAUGGACAUUGCAGGUUCAAUUGAUUGAGAUGACACAUGUUGAGAAGACCUGGUGGCGAGUCACCAAGGAAAUUCCGGUGAUUUGUUUUUGAUGAUUUUCAGGUAUGGUAUGAUCCUUGUGUCUUUGUUUUCCCUUUCUUUGUAUCUUUCUGUCUUCAUAGGUUGUAGCUUAUAGUUUUCAGGUUGUUAAAGUUUCUGCACUUGCAAAUGAUGACAAUAUUGCUCAUUUUGAUGGCUUGCUUGUGUCCUUUAAGAAGUACUGCAUCUCAAAGUCUAUGGUUUAUGAAAUACCAGAUUCUCCUGAUGGUGAGACACAUCAUUUUUUUGGGUUCUAACUGACACGACUGUUAUCCAGGAAGUUAAACAGACUGAAACUCCAAAUCUACCAUACUAUUUUGAUCUGAGAUCAUGCAAUACCUUUCACUUUGUUGCUAAUACAGACAAUUUCUUAUGUAAAAUUCUUGUGGAUUUGUGCCUUUUUUUCCUUUUAUUUAAUUUGCUGAGAGUCUGUGAUUUACCUUGUUUGGUUUUGCUGCCCAAAGACGUCAUUGGAUUUGUCCUCUGUGCCUUGCCUCCAAGAGAGGUUUAUCGUGCAGGAGGUCCAACAGUUGCAAGAGACUACAUCAUUGUUGACUAUGAGCAUGUUGAAUGUGUGUCUUGCUUGAGUUGCUUGAUUAAGUUCUGAUAUGUUUCUCUAAUUGUCAUACUUGAUUGUGUUUUCAUCUAAUUAAAGUUCAAUUCCUUUUCUGUUUGCUUCUCCUGGUUGAUGUUCAUCUUCUGCUACAUUACGAGAAAAAAACUGGUAAAUAUAUUUUUUUUUUAAAAAAACCUGGUAAGAUUGGAUGAUAGCAGAGAAAAUUAUUUGUGCCUGAUUUGAUUGAGAUUUCAUGAUGUAAGGAUUGGUUCUCUGUAGUUUAAUAAUUUUCUGCAGUAAUUGCAACUACAAGGUGAAAUGGAAACUGGAGAGUACGGUGAGGCGCACAUGAAACCUUCAGUGAUUAAACCUUUGGCAUUCUGAUCUGUAAAAUGCUAAUAUCAUUAUAAUUAAACUAUGUCCUUGUUUCUGUCACUUAAUCAAACAGAUGGAUAGCAUGGCAGAGGAUGAUAGGAAUCGAAUUGGGUGGGUUUCAGGCGAAGACACUGAAGGCGAGGGCAACACCAUUGUUGGCUUUGAACAAAUGAUGAUGGAGAUUGCUCACAUUCAUUAGAAGAUUAAUCGCUUUACUCAGCUGGUAGUUUUGCUCUACCUUGUCUUUUCGUGAAAAGAUCAGUUGAGGGGAAAAGUGAAAUGUGGAGAGUCCAAAAUUUCAAAAGAACCAGAAAAAUAUAUAAAGGAAAACAGUCCUAUUUGCUUAGGCAUGGUGUAAUUCUAAAAGUAAAAGUUUGAAAGAUCAACUUCCUUGAUUGCAAGUAAUUAUGGUGGGCCUGGUUUCAGUUUGUCUGAAUAUAAAUGCUGUGCUGGAUUUCAUUUUUACUUGAUGAAGGUGUCUGAGCUGCUGGAAUCAGGGAAGUUAAUGCUGAAGGAUCUUAGUCAUGAAUUUGAAGAAAGAUUAAUUGUGUGCGUCAUUGGAAAAAAUCCACAAGGAACAUAUAUGGAUAAGUGGGAGGAGGAGAUUCAGGAACUGUGGUUGCUUGGUGCCUCAAAUAAGGAGACCAUUGCUGUUUAGCCCAAUGCUAGAUGUCUACUUCACAAUUUUCCUGGUCAAUCUUGAAGAUACAGCUGAUAUCAAAAUUGAAUGAUGUAUUCUGACUUGUGGAACUGAUGAAUCUACAGAGGGUGAAAGUUUUGUAAAUUAGCUUUGUUGUUUUCUGAUACUCGUGAAUAGCUCUUAUCUUCUGUUUUGGGGUUUUAAUCUAGAGUUGAAGAGUGUUACGUUCAGUUUUUAGGCAGCAGAAUCUAGAUUCAUUAUGAGGCUUCAUAUUUGAUUUGAUCAAUGUACGUGGCAAUGCUAAUUAUGUCCCAAUUUUGCUUCAAUCAUUUGCUAAGCUAGGUGGCAUCAACAGGCUUCAUUUAGUUUUUGAGCAUUAGGAUGCUGGUUUCGUCAUUCUAUGUGGCAGGUUGGGGACAUUGGUUCUGCAUUUACGGGGUUUGGUUAUAGAGAUAUGAGGUUGUAUGUAAAACCAUUGAGAACAGCUUUUGAUCGGCCUUGGCACCACUGAAAUCAAGCUGAUAGAGUUGACAGCUUGCAGCCUGUGCUCCAGUUUCACUUUUUACUCUGAAUUCCAGUAAAUAAAGGUCAUGAAUUUUGUAUCUAAGAGGUCUAAUAGGUUUGUGGCAUUCUUCAUUCUCAGUGCUUUGAGCAUUUACUUGCAAUUAGUGAUCAAGUGCUCUAUAUAAUGGUAUUGAAAGAUUGGAAGACAGCACUAUUGUUGCAUUUGUCUCCUUAUUGAUUAUGUUGAAUUGAUGCUAAGCUGUGUGCUAGUUUUUUACCACUUAUAA